UUCAGUUUCGUCGUGAUGGAAAAGAUCUGGAGAGGUUAAUGGUUUGGGUAAAUAAAUACCCCAAUGCUUUUCCAUUAUGGAUUGGAAAAUUUGUGGCUACUUUGCUCGUCACUCACCCGGAGUACGCUAAGACCAUAUUUGGGAGAUCAGAUCCAAAAGCAUCAACAGGAUAUGAUUUUCUGGUCCCGUGGAUUGGAAAGGGAUUGCUGGUUCUGUCGGGGGAUACUUGGUUCCAGCACCGUAGACUUCUCACUCCUGGUUUUCACUAUGAUGUCCUGAAACCAUAUAUCAAACUGAUCUCCGGUUCUACUAACAUCAUGCUGGACAAAUGGGAGUCACUGGAGAAUCAAAAAGAGUCCGUAGAACUUUUCCAGUAUAUUAGUCUGAUGACCCUAGACAGCAUUAUGAAGUGCGCCUUCAGUUACCAGAGCAAUUGCCAGACAGACAAUGAUAAUUCCUAUAUCAGUGCUGUGUAUGACCUUGCCAGUCUGACGCAGCAAAGGAUCCGGACGUUCCCCUAUCACAGUGCACUCAUUUACCACCUCAGCCCUCAUGGAUUCCGCUUCCGCAGGGCCUGCCGAAUCGCCCACCUUCACACCGAUAAAGUUAUUAAACAGAGAAAACAACUCUUAGAAAGCAAAGAAGAGAUGGACAAACUCAGACUGAAGAGACACCCGGACUUCCUGGACAUUCUCCUCUGUGCCAAGGAUGAGAAUGGUAUGGGGCUGUCUGACAAGGACCUGCGUGCGGAGGUGGAUACAUUCAUGUUUGAAGGACAUGACACAACAGCCAGCGGAAUCUCCUGGAUCUUGUAUUGUAUGGCGCAAUAUCCUGAGCACCAGGAGAAGUGUCGGGAGGAGAUACGAGAGGUUCUGGGCCGCAGGCAGACCAUGGAGUGGGAAGACCUGAGCAAGCUAUCGUAUACCACAAUGUGCAUCAAGGAGAGUCUCCGCCUCUAUCCACCAGUGCCGUCAGUGUCCCGGCAGCUUUCCAAACCUGUCACAUUCUUUGAUGGGCGCUCCUUACCAGCAGAGUGUGUAUCGUCUCCUGAGGAGUUUAUCCCAUGUAUUCAGGACUGCAAUGUGUUUUCCCAACCUUUCCGAAUCCGAACCCCCAUGGGUGGAUUCUUUAAAGGGAAUGAUAUCCCAGAUUUCAUCAAGGAUGUCACGUAA